CAAAAGUUAUUCGUCUAGAACUUUUAACUUUUGUUAAAAAAGAAGCUAGAAAUUGGGAUAAUUAUUUAGUUAAGGAUCCUGUUUAUUUCUGGAAUAAUUUUAUCAAUGAAGUUCCAGAAUUAGCAAUAUUUGUAGCACAACUUAUGUCAAUACCACCUACAUCUGCUGAUAGUGAACAAUUUUGGUCAUUAAUAGCAG